CUAAACAUCUCUAUGCAUUCAUAAUUUUCACCUUACUUUUCUUCAACAUUAACAAAAUCCCAUAAGAGAUAUACUCGGUAUAUUUCUCCCUUAAGAUUGGAGUAAUUAAGAGAUAAACGCAAAAAAGGAAAUGGAUGGUAGAGGAGGGUGUUGUAUUGCUAGGUACGCAGGGGGUAGUGCGUACGAUAUGUCAAAAGUAGACCGGAUUAUGCUCAGAUUCAGACCCAUCGCUCCUAAACCAGCCGCUGGUGGGUCUGUUUCCGGCGCUUCUACUCCUCCACAAAAGACUGAGGCUCCUCUUCGUACUGGCCGUUGGAAGCGAAGGUACGUUAAAGAUAAUAAAAACACUAGUAGAACUUCUAACAAGAGAUCUAGUAGCGGAAGUCGUAGUCCUACUGGUAGAAAAAGGAAGGCUACUUCACCUGAGGAAAAUGAUUCCAACGGUAAGACUGUAUCUGGUGGGCAAGCGGUAGUUACCUUACCAUUAUUAUCCGAGUCUCCUGAACCGAAGGACUCUCCUGUUGACCAUUCAGUAGGUUUUGUGAAAAAACCAGAAAAAUAUGCUCCGAUCUGGUUAAACUUUGGUAGCCAAGGGAAUAAUAAUGAUAAUGGUCAGAUGCAGGGUUACGGAGGGGUUGGUAUGGAUCGUACCCCUGUAGUGAUGUUGCCUCAGCCAGUAAGGGUAGUGGGGUCGUGGGUAAAGGUGGAAAGCGUGACUGACGCGUGGGUUGAAGGGUAUGGGCUAGGACGUACGGAUGAGGAGAAACUAGUAAAUCUUGAGCGGGACAUCUGUCCAGGGUUUGUAUCAGAUGGUUUAAACAGAGUUAGGUGGGCCAAUAAGGCGUACAAGGAGAUGGUGAGUGAGGGAGACGUAGCAGAGGGGGAAGUCGCUGUUUGGCUUGUGAUGAAAGAAGAUGUACGGCUGCCGGAGAACAAAAACACGGCGGCGUUCACGUGCCGGGUUAGGGUUAUCAGAAGCGGGAAGGAGAAAAACUCGCUGAUUCUGCCGUGUGAUGUGUGGAGAAUGGACAACGGAGGAUUUGCAUGGAGGUUGGAUACAAAGGCAGCUCUCUCCUUGGGCCGGUAGGUCAAAGUAAUAUCAACUCAACCCAAAGGGUAAAAGAGUAAAUCUAUCCGCCAUCGGGUAAUACAACUGCCACCUUAGGCUUGUCUACGUACAUGAAAUAGCAAAGGCCUGCAUUGCACGGUUGAACUGCAUGCUUCUCUAUCAAAAGAAAAUUGUAAAUAUUUUUUAGAACUUUGUUUUAGUGGGGUUGUGGAAAUUGAGCGUUCUCGCUCGCUUUUAGAUCUAGCUCUGCUGUUUGAUAGGGAUUUGCUAAAAUACUAGUAUUACUACGUACUAAUUUGAACCAUGACAAGAGAUGGUGUUGUAAUUAAUCUGACCUCGGUUGCUUUUGCGUUUCUAACAUAAGAUCCUUUUUAUUAUGUUUA